AGCGUGAGCGUGGAGUGCGCAAUCACUUGGACGCGCUAAACAAUAAAACCCUUUCGCAGUUCACAUUCGCACUCUCUUUUCUUCUCUUUCCGAGUUUAUAAUCUUAACCUAAACCCAACGUCGUCGUUUCGUCCCCCUAUUUACCAUCGUCUCGCCAACUACCGCGUCAAUGUCGGCCAGUGGUGGCGCCGCCAUCUCCGGCGGAAGCCGCAACCGCAAUCGGCAUCUCGGCGAGAACCGCUUCUACAGUCCGCCGCCGCUGAGGAAACACAAAGAGAAGCAGGAACAGCAGCGGUCGUCACUGUCGAGAGCUUCCUCGGAGAAUAGGCCCGGUUCCUCUUCCGAUUGUUCAAUUUCUUCGCGCGCCACAUCGGACAUGUCCAAUUUGGAUCGGUUGUUGGAGCACAUCACGCCCCUUGUUCCCGCCCAAUAUUUUCCCAAGACGAACUCGAGGAGGUGGAAAUCGAGGGAAGCGGAAUUGCAUCCUUACUUUGUGCUUGGGGACUUGUGGGAGUCUUUUAAGGAAUGGAGUGCUUAUGGGGCAGGUGUUCCUAUAGUGUUGCAUGGGAAUGAAUCCGUGACUCAAUAUUAUAACGUCUCCUUGUCUGCCAUUCAGCUAUAUAUCGAUCCGUCAAAGCCCUCCACACGACUAAGGAAACCCAGUCAAGAAAGUGACUCUGAAUCAGCUAGAGAGACAAGCAGUGAUAGCAGCAGUGGCUAUUGUCAUGAAAGAGGAGCUAAGAGUGUUCAUGGCAGUAGGAAUCAUCUUAAUGUUUUGGAUGCUAGCAAUCAUUCUUUGGAAAGGGUCUCACAAGGAAAACCUUUAAUGGGUUCAUCAAGUGAUGAGACUGAGAGCUGCAACCCUCCUGGGCAGCUUAUUUUUGAAUACUUUGAGCAUGAGACACCUUAUAAUCGUGAACCAUUGGCAAAUAAGAUUUCUGAUCUUGAACGGCAAUUUCCAGAGUUGAAAACAUACUGGAGCUGUGAUCUUUCCCCUGCAAGUUGGGUUUCAUUUGCUUGGUACCCAAUAUACAGAAUACCUACUGGUCCAACAUUACAAAGCUUGAGUGCCUGCUUCUUGACCUUUCAUUCCCUGUCAACAGCUUUGCAGAGUUCAAAUACUGAUGGGCUACAUAAUCAUUAUUCAAGAGGUAGGGACAUAUCCAAGCUAUCACUACCAAUCUUUGGGCUUGCCUCUCACAAAUUCAAAGUUUCUAUCUGGGAUCCUGAUGGGGUUUCUGAAUGUCAGAAAGCCAAUUCUCUGUCGCGGGCUGCUGAAAACUGGCUUAGGCUAUUGCGAGUCAAUCAUCCUGAUUACAAUUACUUUAUGUCUCAUUAUGCAUAUGUGAGAUGACCCGAGUUUCUCUAAGCAGAAGCAGCCCAACUUCCGAAUACCAGUUUAUGUAAUCCCUGCCCAGUAUAUUUGUGUUGUCCAUUAAAUUAACAGUUGUUUUUUCAUAUGCUCGUAAACGCCUGGUUCACUUGUGUUUUCCUAAAUAGAACAGCAGGGUCGCUGCUUCAGCAAGGGGGAAGAAUAGUAUUAGUUAUUGAAAACUAAACACCUUUCAUAUUGAAGGGGCUGCUUCUGAUUUCACAGGAUGCAGAAAAACCAUUAUUAACAAAGUUUCAACUUUUUAUGUUACUUAUCUGAUGAUGGCGAAAAGAUCCAGUUGAUACAUCAGCUGUUACUUGUCUA